AUGAGGGUCAACAAGCAAGCCAUUAUCAAAUUUAGCAUUGGCAAGUACCAAGAUGAGAUUUUUUGUGAUGUGGUACCCAUGCAAGCUUGCCAUUUAUUGCUUGGAAGACCUUGGCAAUUUGAUGUUGAUGCCCAACAUAGUAAGAGGACUAACAAGUACUCAUUUGUGGUCAAGGGGGAGAAGUACAUUCUUAACCCACUAACCCCUUACCAAGUGAGUGAGGAUUAUAGAGUGACGAGGGAGCUUCGGGAGAAGUAUCAAAGGGAAGAAAAGGAGAAGAGUGAGAGUGAGACUUUGUUGGCCAUAAGUGGAGAGGAAACAUCUCAAGAUGGUUUCAAGAAAUCUAUUAGCACUUUGCCUAGUAGCAUAUCUUCUCUUUUGCAGGAAUAUGAAACAUUGUUCCCGGAAGAAAUGCCCGAUGGCUUACCUCCCUUGAGAGGUAUUGAGCACCAAAUCGACUUUGUACUGGAUACCCAAAUUCCCAACAAACCAGCUUAUAGGAGCAAUCCAGAAGAAAUAAAAGAAUCGCAAAGGCAAGUGGAUGGCCUUCUUAAAAAGGGGCUAGUAAAGGAGAGUCUUAGCCCGUGUGCCGUUCUGGUGAUUCUUGUUCCAAAGAAAGAUGGCACUUAG